AUGAAGUGGCUUAUCAGUCGCCGAGCUGUUGCUAUUUCAUUUCGCAAGGAUAAAAAAGGUACAGAUAGUGUGCUGGGAGCAUUCGUUUCCGAAUUUUUUGCUGAUUCACAAUGGCAGCUAAUCAUUGAUUUGGAUUUCUUUAAAACUUUAUUUCUUCGUCCAACUAGCAAAUUUGAGAAAGCAUUAAAAUCAGGCGAUGAAUCGUACAUCAAACGAUUACUUACUUUGCUGGAGCCAUUGAAGGAAUAUGACAUAUCAUUGCCUUGUCUUGCCGAUAUAGCAUAUUUCUUAUGGACAGCUAUGGAUUAUACUCGCUCUAAUGAGCGAAGCAGUGACUGUACUAAUUGUACUUGUGAAUUUCAAAUGCGUAAUCAUCAAAAUCACAAAUGGAUUUUCAACGUAAUGGAUGCGAUGGGUAAGGUACCGGCUGGUAUCUUAAAUGGCAAUAAUCUGUGGAUUGGAUCAUGGAGUGCUUGCCGACGUAUUUCAGUUGUCAAAAAUCGCCAGCAGCAGAAAUGGUCGGGUCAAUAUUGUCUGGCCACCUUCCAGUCAUACAGUUCUGCUGAUCUGUUUAAAAACAGUGGUUCAGGUCCUGCUGAAGACCCAAAUGAAUAUUGCAAGAGUUCAAAUACCUGGCACUCAAAUGAAACAAGUAGUGAAAGUAAUAAAUGCUUCACUUUAAUUCCACUUCUCAAUUAUGGCAUCUGCACGCCAGAUUCUUGCACGAAUUAUGAUGUAAAGAAAAUUUUCGAAUUAGUUUACAAAUCAGCCGAAAGUGCGAUUGGUCGACAAGUGGUGUGUAAUGUGGAUAUUGUUUGUCGCAAUAAUUUGCCUCAUUCUCAGCUUUCUCACGAUUCGAGCUCACUAAUUGUGCUAUUUUUUAUACUUUUCAUACUAAUGUUGAUGCUUUUCGGCACCCUUUAUGAUUAUCUUGUUUACCAAACGGAAUUAAAGGAUGAAAAAGACGAGACGUGUAGUGAAAAACAAGAUUGGUUCAAAAAGGUAUUAUUAGCAUUUUCGAUGUAUACUAAUGGACGAAAUAUCUUAAGAACUGAAAAAAAAAGUAAUCAAAUACAUUGCCUUCACGGUACUAGAGUGCUCAAUAAUUUACUGCCCGCAAUGAUUGCAUUUCCUCAAAAAUUUUUCAACCUUAUCAUUGUACAAGCACCGCUUGCUGUUGAUUCAUUUUUCUAUCUCAGUGGUAUGUUAACUUCAUAUUUGUUUAUGGAAAAGUUUAAAGUGGAGGCUGCAAAAGGUCGUUCAAUAUAUUCAUUAGAUAUAUGGUCGCUUUUCUAUAUUCAUCGAUAUAUCCGACUUACUCCGAUAUAUUUGAUGAUUAUGAUUCUCGAUAUCACUCUUCUGACACAUUUCUCUGAUGGACCGUUUUGGCGGCCCAUUGAAGCGAAUUAUUGUCGCAAAAGUUGGUGGACUAAUCUAAUUUACAUGAAUAAUUUUUUACUGCAAGAUAUUGAAGUUUGUAUGGGAUGGACUUGGUAUAUGGCUAAUGACAUGCAGUUCCAUGUAUUUUCACCGGUACUUCUUAUAUUUUUGUAUAGAAAUCAACUUGCUGGUAUUAUCAUUGCAUUAUCAUUGAUCACCAUGUCAUCUCUUGUACAUUUAUUCAUUGUUCUUGCAAAUAACUAUCCACCUGCUCCUAUACUUACUGCCAAAUUACAAUUAGUACAGAAUAUGAGUACAUAUUGGUCAGAUGUGUAUGUGAAACCGUAUAUUCGUUGCAAUCCAUAUAUAAUUGGUAUAUUGGUGGGAUAUGCAGUACAUAAAUGUACACUUCGACCCACAUUUCCUAGGUGGAAAAUAAUCGCAGGUUGGAUGCUCUCUAUCAUUUUUGGAUUUUUAGCUGUAUUCGGCUUGUAUAAUUAUGCUCGUACAGGUGAUAUAUCAGAUACGGCACGCAUUAUUUAUGCCUUAUUCGGGCGUAAUGCGUAUGCACUAAGUUUAGCAUGGGUUACUUUCGCAUGCGCUACUGGAUACGGAGGAGCAGUAAAUGAUAUAUUAAGUUGGCGAGCUUGGAUACCGUUAAGUCGUGUAACAUUUUGUGCAUAUCUCAUUCAUCCUAUUCUACUGCAAAUUUAUUAUUUAAGUCGACCACAUGCUUUCCAUUUCACCACCGUUUAUCAAAUGGCAUGUUUCUCAAUAACAUUCCUCUACCAGUUUGCUAUAGCUGUUGCAAUGGCAUAUUUUACGGGUUUAUUCCUGAGUUUAGCAUUCGAGGUACCCGUAUCUAGUUUGGAAACUCUACUGAUCGAUAAAAUUAUGGGAAAAAUAAAGGCACAUCGACAUCGGAAACCACCGAGAGUGAAAGUAGAAUUUGGUGUGGUGAGUAAUUAUGAUGCGGAUGAUAUGGCAUUAAAGGAAGCAGGACUGAAAUCAUAUACUGAUGAUGUUGGUUUAAGUGAAAAACAAUAA